AGUUUUUAUAGAAAAAGUGAGACUUUAUCCCUGUCUAUGGGACAUGAGCCAUGAAUCCUAUAGGAACAUCACACUGAAAGAUUUAGCUUGGGAUCGUAUAUCCAAGGAAUGUGGAAUGGCAAAUGGUGAGUAAAACAUUGAGAAUAUUAUUUCUGUUUAUUACAUCACUCCUGAAUAGUUACACGUGCAUCUUGCCAUGGCAAAACAUUGAUGUUAUUAAAAUAAUGAGAAAAUUCCUCUCUGAUAAAAAAACUCUCAUUACUACUUCUAAAUCCUGUAUGCGAUACCUGUACCAGCUGAUUAUUAACUGAAGUAGUUGCUAUCUCUUGACUCGAUACAUUACCAUAAUUAGACGAAUUUUUCAUUAAAUAGUUAUGUAGAACACAAGUUGCCAUAACUACUUUUAUGACAGUAUUUACUUUGCACUCAAAUGGUCUUUUAUAAACUCUCCACCGCACGCUUAAAAUCCCAAACGCAUUUUCUACUACUCGUCUUGCUCGACUAAGACGAUAGUUGAAAAUUCGCUUAUGUUGUGUUAUAUUGCGUUCUCUAGGAUAUGGUCUCAUUAAAUUCGUCAUCAAUGGGAAUGCUUCAUCGCCGAUAAAAACAUAUGGAAGCUUGACACCGUCUUCCACAAGUGCUUCAUCUGCUGGAAGAUUCAGAUUUCCAGCGUAUAGCUUCUGGCCAAAAACGCUUUCUCGUAAUAUACCGGCAUCACUAAAUUUUCCUUUUGAUCCAACGUCUACCAUUACAAAUUUUUUGUUACUAUCAGCAACCGCGAGUAACACUAUUGAAUUGUCUUUCAAAUAAUUGAAAUAUUCGGAACCACAAUUUGGAGGAGCUUUUAUUGUAAUGUGCUUGCCGUCUAUCGCUCCAACACAAAGCGGAAAGUCACAAGAUAUCUUAAAACUUUCAGCAAUUUGUCUCCACUUCUGUGGGUCUUUUAUUUCUUCCAGUUCUAUGGGCCCCAAGGUGACCCAUAUGGCAUCACAGACUUCUUGAACUAUAUUUGAUACUGUUGUAGUCCCUACUCUGUAGUUAUAGGCUAUAGUUUCAAAAGUGUCUCCUGUUGCCAUAUAUCUGUUACAAAAAUAAUAAUAUUAUAAGUUUUAUUUCCCAGGUAAGGAAGCUAAAUCACAAUGGAAAAAAUUACAGGAUAGCCACAGAGAAGCAAUGCGACGUCGAAAAACUACAACGGGUCAAGCAGCGCAAAAUGUAAAGACUUGGAAAUAUGAAGCAGUAAUGAGUUUCUUACUGCCACAAAGUGUAAAUGAUUCCACUAUUUCAAAUUUUUCAAAUAAUUCACAAGAUAAUAGUACUUCGAAUAAUAACACACCAGCUACAAACAUGACUGCAGAAUCUCAACCUCCACCUACGGAGUCACCACUUUCUCAAGAAAAAUCUUCAACAUCUCUACUUCCACCUCCAGAAUCUCCGUUUCCACCUUCAGGAUCUGCAAGUCCUCCCUUAGAAUCUUCAAAUCCACCUUCAGGAUCCACACCUGUUACUACCAAUACUACGAGACUUGGUAAGACGAGCCGAAACAGAGUUCUUACAAGUGUUACAGAGCUUUUAGAAAACAGAGACAGACGCCGAGAACAAAGACAAACAGAAAGAGAUGAUUUCAGGCGGAAAUUGUUUGACAUGAAUCGUGCGUCACAAGAUGCUCUUUCGAAUAUGUUGUCUAGCUUUUGUGAAAAGACACGCCAGCUUCCUAAAUACCUACAAGUACGAGUAGAGAGACAAAUUUUCGACAUAGUGUCACGUGCAGAAGAGGAAGCUCUGACGUUCGACUCUGUAAAUAAUUACUACAGGCCCACAUCAUCAACAUCUUCGUAUGGAUAUAGUAGUGGUACACAAUAUCAACUCAGCCCACUCCCUGACAACACAAGAGAUACUCAACAUGAUGAUUCACGUGAUGUUUCAGCGGAAACUCCACCUCAAGUGAACACAACACCCUAUGAACCACAAGAGGACAGCGACUCCUUACCUGAUAUUUCUGCCGCCUUCAACCAAUAACAAUUAUUUUAUUCAUUUAUAUUUUCUUCAUUACUCUUUACUUGGAACUUACAAGUUAAAAUUCUUCAGAAGUUAAGUUAAUUUUUAUUUUUAUUGAAUUUGUACUACUUGUCGGAAACAUACCCAAAGUAAAUGAUUAUAAUUUAUAAUAAAAAAAUAUGAAAACAAUAAAUAAAGAAUUAUAUAUUCAA